AUGACGGAGUCCGCCUACAUUUACGGCACGUGCAUUAACGAGGAUGAGGUCGUCCAAGCUUUCCGCCGCUUCAUUCGCGAGUACCAGCAGGACGAAGAGGGGCAGUCGUACUACCUCAAGGAACUGCAAAAAGGCUGGUAUACCCAGGAGGGUGAAGCUAUGACCCUUCGGCGGACGAUGAAGCUGCCCAUUCAGGGGAUGCACAUUCACGCGUUUUCGCCGGAGCUGUAUGGAUACUUGGUGGACUACCCCAGCGAGGUGGUGCCGAUCUUCGAUAAAGAGCUGUGGGAGAUUUCCCUGCGAGAGCUCCAAGCAGAUCCUGAUGAACUCGGGACUUGUCAGGUGCAGAUUUAUUCCUUGCUUGAGAAGGAUUGCAGGAUGAUGCGGAACAUGAAUCCCACGGACAUCGAGCGGCUGAUUACGGUGAAGGGCAUCGUCAUCCGAGUCUCCGACCUGAAACCGGACAUGAACCGGGCCAUCUUCCGGUGCACCACGGAGGAUUGCAAGAACGAGGUCAAUUGCCUGCUGAGCCACUGGACUAUCCAGGAGCCCACGAAGUGCGACGUUUGCGGUUCAAGCCACUCGUUUCAAAUCAUCCACAACGACUGCCACUUCACGGACAAGCAGGUUCUCAAGUUGCAGGAGACGCCCGAGCUGAUUCCGGAAGGAGAGACGCCGCAGAACGUGGCAAUCGUCGUCUACGACGACCUGGUGAAUCAGGCCCUCUAA